AUGCAAAAAGUUGAACCUUCAAAUAAUUCCAACUUUUUUAAAUCCUUGAACAUGACUAGAUAUAUAGACUAUUUAAAAAAUUUACUAUAUAAAGAAAGCUAUAUUCCUACAUUAAAUAUUACAAUUAAUAUACCUACAACAGAUAAUGAUUCGAAGUUUCCAAGGACAUUAGUUUCUGUUAUUGCAAAAAAUAUAGAUGGCUGGGCCAAUAUUAAAAAUGAGAAUGACAUUAUUAUAGAGUCCAUCAAAGGAGCAUUGACAAACAACAUAUACUUUAUCACUAAUAUUUCUUCAAAUAAAAAAAUAAUCUUGAGGGUUUAUGGGAAAGGAGUUGAUAAACUAUUGAAUCGAGAAAAAGAAUUGGACUUUUUAAAAAUGUUAUCAAAGGUGAACAUUGGUCCUCAAUUAUUAUUGAUUUUUAAUAAUGGUAGAUUUGAACAAUUUUUCGAAUCUGUAAACCUGACAAAAGAAGAAAUGAAAGAUGAGGAAAUUUCUCGUAAAAUAGCUGCCUACAUGUUUAAAUUGCACAACGUUGUGACAAUUUUUCCUCCUGAUAAUAUUGAAAAUAUUGUUCCUGAAGUCUGGUCCAAAAUUGACCAAUGGUUCCAACUAGCAUGGGAUAUAAUUAAUUCUGGUUCUUCCGAUUCCUCCAACAAUGUUAAUAUAGAAAGAUUUGAUUUGGAAUUAUUAAAAAAAGAAAUAAAGGAAUUAAAAUCUAUUUUACAAAUGGUUGACUCACCAAUUGUCUUUGCACAUAAUGAUUGCCAGUAUGGGAAUAUAUUACGUCUUACUGAUGGAUCAAAUCAGCUAGCAAUCAUUGAUCUAGAAUACUCUGGUUGGAACCAUCGUGGUUUUGACAUAGGUAACCACCUAUGCGAGUGGGCCUUUGACUACCACUCAACAGAGCCUCAUGUGGCACAUUUGGAUUGGUAUCCAAACGAACAGCAGCAGCGUUGUUAUCUAAACAACCAUGAUAGUGAAGGUAGUAACAAUGGAAAUGAUGCUGCUGAUGGAUUGAGCAGAAAGAAUAUAUUAGAACAUCAUCCCAUUUUUUUUAAUGCUGAUAUAAGAGGAUUGACGGAUAAAUUAUCACAAUCUCAACAUGAUUCUACUAGAUCCCCUGCAGAACAACAACGAUAUUUAAACAUUUCUUUGGAUUGGAAUAAACCUGUUGAUACAGCUUUACUUCAUUCUGUAGCAGUACGAACACGGGAGAUCGAAAGAGAAUUGUUACCACUUCCAAUAAUCUCAGCUCAUACAAACUCUUCAUUGCCUAAUUCUUCCAACUCAUUUGCUAGAUUAUAUAAUCUUAAAUCUCACCAAUGUACCCAUUCAACAGAUCGACCAUAUAGAUGUUUAAUUUGUGAAUUGGCAUUUGCGAGAAAUCAUGAUCUAAAACGACAUCAAAAAAUUCAUGAUAAAAUUGGAUGCUCUCAAACGUCACAAACAAAAUCCAAAAAAUCGCAACACAUGUCAAAUGACAUUAUACGUAUAAAAUGA